AUGGUAGAAGCGUCAUCGGCAGAUGCGGCCCUGCCGGAUCCAGCCGAUAUACGACAGGAGGUAGAUACUGGUUACAGGAAAGUGGGCUUCCUUUUAGAUGACGACGAGGAGUGUGCCAUCAUUGCCGACGCCCAGAUCCAAGACUUUCUCAUAGUUGGCGCCAGCCAAGGUUUCCUGCAGUUGACGGGCUUCACUAGAGAUGCCGUCCUGGGGCAGAACUGCCGAAUGAUGCUGGAAGGAGUCCCCGAGGUAGCUAUCUCGAAGUCCGCGAGAAAAAACCUCAGAGAUUUCUGUCGAAUGUGCAAGGUCAAGCGUCUUGACCAUAUCUCAGAGGUUGCUUCUGUGCAGCCGAAUAGCCGCCGGGAUGGGUCGCAAUUCGUGAACUUCUUCUUGGUCGGCCUUGUGCAGGUCUGCAAUGGGCGAUAUCUCUUGGGUGUUCAGAAGCCACUGGGUGAAGGCCUUUUUGCUUCACUCAACGGGAGGAAGAUGGAAGAGGUAUCUGAACUGGCACGCACGACCUUCAAGAGGAUCCGUGCGAGGCUGAGGGACCUUGAACCAGAUCCAGGACGUGAUGCCUUAUUCCAGCCACAAGGUUUCACUUUCUUCUCAGAGCGACUGCAGGACCACUGCCUGCUGAUGAACAACUGCCGGACUGCCAUGCGAAGAGAGCCCCAGGAACUGGCCACGAACUGCCUUGUGUUUGGCAACAUGCCAGCCAGGCGUGGCGCCAAUGGGCUUUUCUUUGCCGUGCGCAUCGAGGAUGCAGUGACCACUUUUGAUGGUCUUCCCAUCAUGGGCUUUACUCGGCGGAAGCCCACCGACACCUCGGACCUCUAUCCGACGGUCUGCAGGUGCCUUGGUGCUAGUGUGCUAGUGGGUGCCUGCGGCGAAGCCUUCGCGCGAGACCAGCUGCAUCACUUCCGGAUCGGAUUCAAGCCACCCCCGCAGACGGAGGUAGCUUCCUGGUCUGUGCAGCCGGAUGUGCCCCCGCACAAACGAAGGGCGCCGGUUGGUGUUGUCCCUGGAGACGUCUUCGGGUGCUUGUACACCAACGAGGGCCGGUUGCAGCUCUGGAGAAAUGGAGAAUUGGCUAUGGAUUUUGAUGUCCAAAGACCAAUCGAGGAGGGAGUGGAUUACUAUGCCGUGGUGGAUGUCUGCCUUGCAGCGUACACUGUCAGCCUGCUCCCAGACUCCGACCCAAAGCAGGGUCUUCCAUCGGCCUCCCAGCUUCAGCCGACUGCCGCGGCCGCUCCCCAGGAAACACAGCCUGGAGACAUUGACGAGAUCAUUUCUGCAGUUGUGUCCCAAACCAUCGUGAAAAAGGCGAUCAUGGGUGCAGUUCAGUCCUGCAAAUUCUGUGUGAGCGUUGCUGAUCCACGGGGCAUUGAUUUCCCUCUCAUUGCUGUCUCCGAAGCGUUUGAAACCAUGACGGGCUUCAAAAGGAGUGAAAUCUUAGGGGCCAAUUGUCGCUUCCUGAAUCAGGGUUGCCCCAUCUCCCCGUCGGAUCUGGUUGGACUCCGUUUGGCAAGUGAAAGUGGUGGAGCUUUCACGGCCCUUCUUCCAAAUCGGAAGAAAUCGGGACAAAUGUUCAUAAAUCUUCUAGACUUGCGUGGUUUGACCAUUGCUGUAGAUGUGGAGACUGACGAGGAGCUAUGGUAUCUCAUAGGGAUCCAAGCUGACAUCACAGGGCUGAGCAGACGCAACGUGCCAGAGGACCACAUGGCCGAGCUGCAGGAGAUCGCAUCCGAAAUCCGAAAGAAGCUUGUCAAGGAGAUCUCUAGACUAGCUGCAGAUGGGAUGGAGGAGUGUCAGGUCACCGACCCGCAGAAGGCACGGUCUUACAAGCUCCUACAGGAGCCUCUUUGGCGGGAGGGGUGCAUGAGCAAGAAGGCUGUGAUGCAGAUGGCUGCAAAGCUAGACAGUCAGGCCAAGGUUCCUCGGAAGAAGAACAUGGCAGCGCUCCCAGGACGGUUUCCGAUGUCUGUCUUGCUCAUUAGUGUGGUGUCCUUCCUCACCGGUCUUCUGUUGGGUCGGGGCUCCAGACGUCACUGA